CAACACCAAUCGACAGUGAUAAAGGCACCGAAAAUAUCACAAUGGAAAAAGCUCCACCUUCAAUUUGCAAAUGGAUACAAACGCUGGAGCUGGGAUAUUCGGAUGUGGACAAGCCUCCCGAUGGAGGAAUUUGCUUCCAUUGCGCAGGACGUCAUGCCAAGCUUCUCAAGUGUGCUCGAUGUAAAGUAGCCACGUACUGCCAGCGGGAUUGUCAGGUAGAAGAUUGGAAAAUCGGAAAACACAAGCUUGCCUGUCAAUCUUAUGCAAGGGUAGGGCCUUCGAUGCAAAUUGACGACGAAAACGACAAGCAGCAAGCCUGCAAUGAGUUGUUUGGCCGAAUACGAUUUUACGUGUGCCCGUACGCUGUCCACAAGGCGACGACACUUGGAAGAGGAUUUCUCUUUAUUCAAAGCGACCGCACACUCGCAACCAUGUCCUUAACUUUGCCAAAGGAUAGCUACGGUCGUCCAACCGACAAUCGAGCUCUGUUGAUAUAUUACCUCACUCUCGGUGAGUUUGAUGCGGAAGUUUGUCGAGAAGACUUUGAAAUGGCUACAGUUCGCACAAAACUUCAAGAAGCAGUUGAAAACUACGAUGAAGAGGACGAAAUUGUCAUUUUGAUGCGCUUCAGGUGUGGCCAUGUCUCCCUGGGCACGUCUGCGUUGGUUCCAGACCAUCGGGUAUGUAAAAAGCUCGGAAUUGACUACUACUCCGAAAGCACUGCAGCGGCCCUUCAGCUAAACAUAGACGAUAGUUAAUCAUAUCUGACGGUCGGUGUUUCGGUUACG